AUGAAUACAUUGAUUCAGUUUCAAUCCAUUUUUUUCUUUUGCAUCACGGUCAUACAAUUGAUAACUUGUGUCAAUUCUGAAUUGGCUGAAAACGAGACAGAUCGUGUUGCCUUGCAGGCCUUCAAGUCAAAGAUUAUACUUGAUCCUCAAGGUGUUCUUAACUCUUGGAAUGAUUCUCGACACUUUUGCGAUUGGGAGGGGAUUACUUGCGGUCGCAGGCAUAGAAGAGUCACCUUCUUAGAACUGCGUUCAAGAGGUUUGUCUGGGUCAUUGUCACCAUCCAUUGGCAACCUCAGCUUCCUACAGAAGUUUGAUGUCUCAAACAAUAGUCUCCAAGGUGAAAUCCCUCCCGAAGUUGGUCGUCUGUUCAGGUUAAAAGAUUUACAGCUGCGCAAUAACUCCUUGGUGGGAGAAAUUCCGGCCAACAUGUCCCAUUGCUCAAGGCUUACAUUCUUGAAUCUAGGAAUAAACAAUCUUGUAGGGAAAUUUCCAUCGGAGUUUGUCUCCUUGAGAAACUUGAAAAGAUUAUCUGUAUUCAGUAACAGUUUGACAGGAGGCAUCCCACAUUUUAUUGGGAACCUUAGCUCCCUGGAAAUUUUAGAUUUAGCUGUCAACGCUUUUGGAGGAAACAUUCCAGAUUCAUUGGGUCGAUUGAAAAAUUUAACAGGUCUUGGACUUGGUCAAAACAACCUAUCUGGUACGAUUCCUCCUUCUAUAUACAAUCUUUCCUUUCUUGUUAAUUUUUCUUUGCCUUUCAAUCAAUUCCAUGGAAGUCUUCCACCAAAUUUAGGCCUUGCUCUUCCUCGUCUCAAAUUUUUUCAUAUCUCCUAUAACUUGUUUAGUGGAUCUAUUCCAGUAUCUUUAUCCAAUGCUUCAGAACUGGAACAUAUUCAUUUGAACAACAACGAUUUUUCUGGAAAAUUGUCAAUUGACUUUGGAGGCCUGCAACAUCUUGCAUUUCUACAUGUGGGCACUAAUAAGUUAGGAAGUGGAGAAGGUGAUGAGAUGAGUUUUUUAAGUUCUUUGGUCAACUGUAGCAAUUUACGUGUUAUCAUGCUACUUCAAAACCAAUUCAGAGGACCCUUGCCUCAUUCCAUAGCUAAUCUCUCUAGUACUACACUCCAACAUUUUGGUGUUUAUAAUAAUAGUUUGUAUGGAAACAUUCCUUCGGGGAUAACCAACCUGGUUAACUUAAUUUCUUUCCAGAUUUCGAUUAACCAAUUUUCAGGCACAAUUCCCGAAGAACUAGCCCGAAACCAAUUGAUUGGAUCUAUACCUCCAAACAUCAGUAACUUGAAAGUUCUAUCAACUUUUGAUGUGUCUGAUAAUAAUUUAUCUGGUGAAAUUCCAAAUCAACUUAGUCUUUGUUCUAGUCUUGAAUAUCUUUAUAUCAAGGGCAAUUUCUUUGAAGGAUUUAUACCCUCACCGUUCAGUUCUCUCAGAGGUAUUCGAGACAUUGAUCUUUCUCAUAACAAUUUGUCUGGUCAAAUUCCGAAAUUCUUAGAGACUCUCUCUUUGGAGAAUCUAAACCUGUCCUUUAAUAAUUUUGAGGGUGAAGUGCCAUCAAAAGGAGUUUUUGCAAAUGCAAGUGCGAUAUCAAUUGUCGGGAAUAGUAAUCUACUUUGUGGGGGUAUAGCUGAACUAUAUCUCCCGAAAUGCGUCAACAAUGAGUCAAAGAAGGAAAAGAUCUCUAAACUGUCCAAAAUAUUAAUCCCAAUCGUAAGCACUUUUUCAAGCUUGGUCGUGAUGUUUUUUUUCAUUUUUUGUUGGCUCAAAAAGAGAAGACGAAAACAACCUUUUGAAUUUGAAUCUACGUUGAUAAGAGAACUUUUGAAUUUGUCUUAUGAAAAGCUUCUUAAAGCAACUGAUGGGUUUUCUUCAACAAGAUUGAUUGGUGUGGGCAGUUUUGGUUCAGUGUAUAAGGGAAUCUUUAGUCAAGACGGAACCAUUGUUGCAGUUAAAGUACUUAAUCUUCAACGUCAAGGAGCUUCCAAGAGUUUCUUAGCGGAGUGUAAAGCAUUGAGAAAUAUCCGUCAUAGAAAUCUUGUCAAAGUCAUAACUUCUUGCUCAAGCAUUGAUUUUCAAGGCAAUGACUUUAAAGCUCUUGUUUAUGAGUACAUGCCAAAUGGGAGUCUUGAGAAGUGGUUGCAUCCUACACCAAAAACAGAAGAAGAGCAACCUGAAAUUCAGAAUCUUACUCUUCUUCAAAGAAUAAACAUUGCAACUGAUGUGGCAUCUGCGAUAGAUUAUCUUCAUCAUCAUUGCCAUGAGCCAAUCCUCCAUUGCGAUCUAAAGCCAGGCAAUGUUCUUCUAGACGAUAACAUGACAGCUCAUGUUGGGGAUUUUGGUCUAGCAAGGUUUCUCCUAGAAGUCUCAAAUCCAAAUAAAAGCAGCUCUGUUGGAGUAAAAGGAACAAUAGGGUAUGCAGCCCCAGAGUAUGGUCUAGGAAGUGAGUUGUCAACAAAUGGGGAUGUCUAUAGUUAUGGGAUCUUGUUGCUGGAGAUGGUAACAAGGAAAAAACCCAUAGACCCUAUAUUUGAAGGAGACUUUAAUCUUCACAAUUUUGCCAGAAUGGCCUUGCCUGACCGGGUGAUGGACAUUGUGGAUCAUCUGCUUCUAAAUGAUGAAGAAGAGGUGCUUGGUACAAAGCAUAGGCUAAGGGAAAAAAGAAACAACAUCAGAAAGGAAUGUUUCAAGAUUAUGGUAAGGAUUGGAGUGGCAUGUUCAAUGGAAUCUCCACAAGAUCGAAUGAAUAUAAGAGAUGUUGUGAAUGAACUAAAAUCAGCCAAGAGCAUCCUUCUAAAGCUCAACAGGCAAGAAGGGUUAUGAAAUGAAUAUCAUCAGCAGGUUGUUAUCGAU